AACGACCCGUUAGUGCCUUAGGUAGUAGGUGGGUACCUACCAGGUUGAUGUCCAGACCUUCUCUUUAAACUCACCGUGACCAGUACCUUAGGUACUUAGGUAGUAAGGUAGUAAAUUAUUUCUUCUUCUUCGUUUCCAGUUACCUCUUUACCAAUACCUAUGUUAUCACAAAAUGCCUCCUCCAGGGCUAGUCAGUUCAUAUCAGCAAUACAAAGAAGAUACCGAUAGUAUUGCUGCUUGGCUUGCUUCAACAGCAAAAUCAUGCGGGUAUCCAUCUGACCUGUUGAUCAAUGGCCCUACCAUCAAGGCCACAUCAGCCCGACUGAAAGGCAAGGCGAGGGCAGAAGCCAAAAAGAAGCCAUCCACUACUAAGCCAUCUCCCGCCCACAAAUAUAUAAUCAAGAUCAAGGAUUUUGUACCCUUGGCUGAGUUCGUCGCAUCUAAACGUGAUGUAUCUAUUUCGAACUCUUUCAUGGCAACUUUACGCCGAGUCAUCAUAGCUCGUGGUGGCUUUGGUGAGAAGCUUGCCGAACAAGGAUCGGUUCCAGAUGAGCUAUCAGAUGCCAAGCAUGGAUACUUCGUGGGAAUUCUUGAGAAAGUCUUCGAAGUCUUAAAGCCACGAGUGAAAACUAAGGAGACAGCCCCUUCCCCUGUUCCCUCUAGCGACGAGCCCGGCGUGAGUGACUUCGUCAACCAAUUCGCCUCUCUACAAGUCUAUGAGCCUUCGGAUGACUUCCUCAACGCCCCAGACUUGGAGAGACCGAAACCGCUAGAAGGUGACAAGAUAGCAUACGAAGCGGAGCCGGCCGACUCUUUAGAGGAUUUAUUCGUUGCUUUGACGAUGUUGAUCAACGAUGUCAACAAGAUCCGAUCGCGCAUUGAAUGGAUCUGGACUAACUAUAGAGAUGGAUUCUUUGACCUCGCUGCUGCUGCUGUUGCCACCAACACCGCAAUCGACUUGGCAAGGCACCUCACUGACGAUGUUGAGCCAUUAUUCAAGGACCACGGUGGAUUAUGGAAAGUCCUAAACAAGUGGUACCUAGUCCAGAUGCUGAUGAAGGGAUACGAUGUUUCCGAUAUUUUCAACGAGGAUAGCGCGGACAAUUUUAACUACGAUACAUACGACAUUGCGGAUGGCACCUACAUAUUAACGUGUAGACUCGUAAGUGCCUUCAUCCCCGUCAUACAACCCGAUAACAUUCCGUUAUAUAAGGACGGCAUGUUUGGCUACUACGACCCUCAAAGCGAUCGAGCCUCCAAGACCGGGUACCAGAAAUUCGAGGAGGAUCGCAUUCUGCUUAUGACAAUUUUUGGAGAGCAUAUGGCGGUGGUCCGUGGCGUUGCAAAUUAUCCGGUUGAGGAUGAAUUCUUGCGUGGGAUCCAGGAACUGACCAACACAAGGGAAAUCUCGUUCUGUCUUGUCUUCGCUGCUCAAAUAUUUCUCGACAUUCACUAUAUCCUCCGCGAACACGCCGGGAAGUGCUUAGAAACGCUCCAGAAGAACCUCAAAUUCUUUGAUCGGGAAAUCGAAGAAUACUUCAAAUUUCAUAAAAACUUGAAGAUCGAGAACUGGCCCGCUAGUAAUGAUCACAUGCUACGAGAAUAUCAACGCAAGAUAAAAUGGGUGCUGGACGACCCCGGAUAUAAGGUAAAGGCCAAAGCAUAUGAGAAACUAAGUGGACAUGCUCCAUUGUCUAUGGAAAAGAACCUCUUGUUAAAGACGUCGCCGAUUCUCAGUGGUCUAAUGCUUUACCACUUCCGCUCCGAGAUAUGGGAUAUCGGUAUCGCGCUUGCAAAUGCAUGGGGUUCAAUCACCUAUUCAUUACAUCUGUACAAUGCGCUACGGAGCGCAAACCUCCUAACGAGAACUUGGAAAGACAUGGAUCUCGUGAGGACCCUGUUAGGGGACUCAUCCUUCUUCGUGGGGGAUGCACCGAAAACUCUGAGUCAAUCUAUGAAAAAGUUUUGCCUCCAAAUGGGCACAACCAUGGCUGUGUUCACUAACAAGCGUCGUGGAAAGGUGUCCCUGGAGUCUCGAGCAGGACCUCGAGGAAUCAAAGAUGGCGCCCCUGUCUCCUCAAUGUUUAUGGAUCGUUAUCUUCGAGGAAAAGGGCAAGUCGAUUGGAGUCCAGAGCACGUUGCCAAAAUCGUCGACCUUGGCUUGUGGGAGACAGAAGGCUCGGAAGAAGAGGGCACCCUUAUGUUAGGGCAGAUCGACGACCCCGAGAAGAUAAAGCAGAAAGCCAAGGCAAAACACGGAAAGGGCUCAGAGAAGACAAACCUAUCACCAGAUCAGCUAAUUAGGGCACUCAUGUUUUCGCUACAAGGAGAAACGCUCGAGUUAUCGCUGCCGUACAUCUCGAUGCAUCGUGAAUGUUGGUCAUUCCUGAGAGCGGUUCAGAAGCACUGCGACCCCCUGCUCCGACAAAUCUAUACCGCGGCAUACAUCGAGCGAGAGGCACAGCUUUGCUGGGUCGUGGGCUGGAUAUUUUUCGAGCAUCUAAAAGUCGGCACCGCAACACUUCUAGUAGAAGCUCAGGGAACCGUCGAUGAAUUUAUACGCACAGAAGGCACGACAGUUUUGGGCUUGUUAGAUAAACUGGGCAUGCCAAUUGAGUUUAAAACACAAGGGGGAGCACAGACAGCUUGACAGCUACGAGUUUGAUAUCUAGGUGUGUGCUAUUUGAGAACAAAAGAGCUAGACAAACGUCUUAACCCUAUAAACGUCAAAUAUGUACCUAGAUAUGUAGGUAUAUGUGCAGUAAAACCAGAAGAUCUUCGAAGGAUAAUGGUAAGAUAGAGGAUCACGACCGCUGUUGCUUUAUUGGAGGAAGAAGUCUUAGGUCGGUUCAUUGGUGCAUCUCAAAAUAGGCACUCUACGCAUAUUGAUGAUUAUUCCCGGUCCACAAGUAGAGGCUAUUUCGAAGUUUAUUCGCUACCUUUUGUUUCUUUCUAAGGUUCCUUCUUUGAUCUCCGGGGAUAUCCUCUGCUACCCACAUUAACAGUUUCCCGCGGGGUUGAUAGGUAGCCAUUCCGCGGGGAAGUGAUCUCCAACUCAUCCAGUGGCACGAU